UCUCUUUCUUGGUGUGUAUAUAUAAUGCAGUGGUUUUGCUUUACAAGAGAAGAAAAGGAGACAAUUGGAGAUGAGAAUGACACAACCAAGAAUGCAAAGAAAUAAUGCUAUGGUUUGUGUCUUGAUCAUCUUCUUGAUCAAUGUCAAUGGAGAGAAAUCUCCAUUUGAUGAUCAUGGAAAUCAUUUCCAUGAUCAAAUGAAAAAACUGCAAGCUUUAAAGUCUUCUUUAAUCCGUCGUGAUUUGGCUUCCUCUCCUUCUCCUUCUCCUAGCUUUUCUGCUCCAGCUCCAUCACCGCAGGCUGGGGCUGUGGGCAGUCCAAGGGUGUUCAGAGUGACAUCGUUUGGUGCAGAUCCAAGUGGGAAAUUAGACGGCUCAGAAGCACUUGAAAAAGCAAUAGCAGCAGCAUUUGAAGGUCCUAAAGAAUGGUCUUUGAUGGAAGGAAUGAUUAAUCUUGGAGGUGCUCAUAUUUAUCUUGAGGGUGGAAUUUACAAGAUUUCUCAACCUCUCAGAUUGCCUGCUGCUGGAGCAGGGAAUCUUAUGGUAAGCUCACUAACCAUAUUCAAAUUUCGUAAUUUCUUCCAUUCACCAAAACCAACCACUAACCACCCAAGUUGUGGCUGA